GCAUGUGUGUUGCUGGCUGCCAUAAGCAACAGGCAAGGCAAGCAAAAAGGAGUUGGUGUUGAGAUUGGGUUUUCUGGCACUGCAGAAAGCACCGAGAAAGAACAAAACUAACAACUACUGGUAAUUUGAUUUGCAAAUCCUCCUGCUGCUUCUUGAACUGGGCAUCGUCGAUCUGGGCAAAAAACCUAAGAAACCAUCAUCACGAGCCUGACGAUGAUGAUACCUGACACGAACGACGCUUGAACGGAGCUGUGAUGAUGGGAACGGAGUGCAUAACUGCCACGCUCAGCGACGAUUCUGAGCCCUCUAUCCCACCUGGGUUUGGGCCGCUUGCUGCCCUUGCCUUCCAAGGGAUCCAAAAGGAUGCCAGACCUGCUGAUUCUCAUCCUAUCCCUGUUCAAGUAUUACAGAGCGUGAAGGAACAUGUCGAAUCCUUGGAGUCUCAGCCCCAUUCAGCUCAGAGUCGGAAUGACACACACUGUAGUACUUCAGGGAGCUAUACGUGCAGGCAGUCGCUGCGUAACAGACCUCCGGUAGACUACAGCCGCUUUGACGUUAUCUCUGAUGACGAUUCCGAUGUUGAAGUAGCAGAAAAGGCUGUAAGUUCAGCGAGACGCCGACAGCAAUUACCCAAAGGAGUUAUUCGUGGAUGUGCGGGAUGCAGUGACUGUCAAAAGGUUAUUGCAAAUUGGAAUCCAGCUGGUGCACGGAGGCCUGUUCUUGACGAGGCUCCUGUCUACCAUCCUACCGAGGAGGAAUUUAAAGACACUCUAAAAUAUAUUGAGAGUAUACGACCAACAGCAGAACCAUAUGGGAUUUGCCGUAUUGUUCCACCAUCUUCAUGGAAACCGCCGUGCCUUCUUAAAGAGAAGAGUACAUGGGAAAACUCAAAAUUUUCUACACGGGUACAAAAGGUUGACAAGCUUCAAAACCGCACUUCAUCCAAAAAGAGCAGAAGAGGUGGAAUGAUGAAGAAGCGGAGAAAGCUUUCAGAGCCAGAAGAAAACAGUAAUCUUAAUCACAGUCAGAUGGGGGUGCAACAAAACCCAGAGAGAUUUGGAUUUGAACCUGGACCAGAGCUCACAUUGCAGAAAUUUCAGAAGUAUGCAGAUUACUUCAGCGAGCAGUACUUUAGGAAAGAUGCAUCGACGAAUUUAGCACCAUCAGUGGAAGAUAUUGAAGGAGAGUAUUGGCGUAUAGUUGAGAGUCCUACAGAAGAGAUAGAGGUGAUCUAUGGCGCUGAUUUGGAGACAGGAACUUUUGGCAGUGGCUUUCCAAAGUUACCUCCUGAGGCAAAAUCUGAUACUGAGGAUAAGUAUGCACAAUCUGGUUGGAAUCUAAACAACUUGCCUAGACUACAAGGCUCAGUUCUUUCUUUUGAGGGUGGUGAUAUUUCUGGUGUUCUUGUGCCCUGGGUGUAUGUUGGCAUGUGCUUUUCAUCAUUCUGCUGGCAUGUAGAAGACCAUCAUUUAUACUCGCUGAACUACUUGCAUUGGGGUGCACCAAAGAUGUGGUAUGGAGUUCCAGGAAAGGAUGCUGUGAAUCUGGAGUCUGCAAUGAGGAAACAUCUACCUGACUUGUUUGAGGAGCAACCUGAUUUGCUUCACAACCUGGUUACUCAAUUUUCACCAUCAUUGCUGAAAUCUGAAGGAGUACAAGCCUACCGCUGUGUUCAGCGUGAAGGCGAAUUUGUCCUGACAUUCCCGCGAGCAUACCAUGCUGGUUUCAAUUGUGGCUUCAAUUGUGCAGAAGCUGUUAAUGUCGCACCUAUUGAUUGGUUGCCAGUUGGACAGAAUGCUGUAGAGCUUUACCGCGAGCAAGCUCGGAAGAUAACUGUUUCCCAUGAUAAGUUGUUAUUGGGGGCUGCAAGAGAAGCAAUCAGAGCUCAGUGGGAUAUCCUAUUUCUCAAGAGGAAUACUGCUGAUAAUUUGAGAUGGAAAGGUGUAUGUGGACCUGAUAGCACUAUAUGCAAAUCACUUAAGGCACGAAUUGAGACGGAGUUGACGCAAAGGCAAAAUCUAUGUUCCCCAUCUCAAUCUAGGAAAAUGGAUGCCGAGUUUGAUUCCACUGAUAGGGAGUGUGCUUUUUGCUACUAUGAUUUGCAUCUUUCUGCUUCAGGCUGUCCAUGCUGCCCAGAGAAGUAUGUUUGCCUUUUACAUGCAAAGCAACUUUGCUCAUGUGAGUGGGACAAAAGAUUCUUCCUAUUCCGCUAUGAUGUCAACGAGCUCAGCAUCUUAGCUGAUGCUUUGGGGGGCAAGUUGAGUGCUGUUCACAGAUGGGGUGUCUCUGAUCUUGGCUUAAGUUUGAGCUCAUGCAAAAGAGAAAAGGUCAAUGAUUCCAAAACUGUUCGCAGAUCAACUGAUGGACCCAGAAGGUCCUACAUGUCACAGGCAUCAACAGUAUCCUUGGUACCUUCCGUUGUUUGCGAUGAACAGAAAGAUAAAGGAAAUAAGAUGCUGAGCUUAGCUAGUCCAGAGACUAAUAAUGCCUCACCUCCUGUCGAGCAGAUGAAAUUGGGAAAUGUUUCACCAUCAAAGGAGCCAUGCGUCAAGAAUGAGUUAUCCUGUCCAAUAAACAAUGACACCAGUAGAUUGCAAUGUAAUGGAGGGCUUGGAGACCAGAUAAGCCAAUCAUUGAAAGGGAGCAGAGAAUCUUCUUUUCAAACUGGAGACUGUAGACCAUCACUUGCUGAGCAUUGUAACAGGUCACCAACUAUGAUUCAUGACGGAACCAACAUCAAGUCCAGUUUAGAAAGCUCAAAUACUUCUCAUAGGUUGAUUGCGUCCGAUUCUAAUGCAACUCUCAGUCACUUGGAUAAGGACCACACACUUAUAACACCAGAGACCAAUGCUUCGGUAACGUUUGAGAAAGGCAGCAGCCAGGCCUGUGCUGUGCCGAGUCAGCAGUUUGACAAAACUGUUUCAAGGGCACAAAGUGUGUCACAGGAAGCAUCAGGCAGUGUGUCUGCUUCGAAGACACUCAUACAUCCUUCUGUUGCUAAAACUCCGCGCGGGAAUUUUACUUCAGCCAGUGCCCAUCAUGGAAAUUUAAUUUCAGGCAAUCAGCAACAACCUCCGCACAGGAGUUUUACUUCAGCCAGUGCCCAUCAUGGAAAUUUAACUUCAGGCUAUCAGCAACAAACUCAGCACGGGAGUUUUACUUCAGGCAGUGCCCAUCAUGGAAAUUUUACUUCAGGCAAUCAGCAACAAACUCCGCAUGGGAGUUUUACUUCAGCCAGUGCCUAUCAUGGAAAUAUAACUUCAGGCAAUCAGCAACAAACUCCGCAUGGGAGUUUUACUUCAGCCAGUGCCCAUCAUGGAAAUAUAACUUCAGGCAAUCAGCAACAAACUCCGCAUGGGAGUUUUACUUCAGCCGGUGCCCAUCAUGGAAAUUUAAGUUCAGGCAAUCAGCAACCAAAUAAUGUAUGGCUUCAAAGAAUACCUGAAUCUCAAUCUUCUGUAGAGGUUAGAGCUCGGGGGCAUCCAUCUACCUUAGCACAACCUGCCCUGGAAAUGCACAGCAGGAAUGGAGGUGCACAAAGGGGUCCUCGCAUAGCAAAUGUCGUCCAUCGAUUCAAAUGCUCUGUUGAACCUCUGGAAAUUGGUAUUGUGUUAUCAGGGAGGAUGUGGUCUUCAAGCCAAGCAAUCUUUCCCAAAGGAUUUAGGAGCAGAGUAAAAUACUUCAGCAUUGUGGAUCCAAUGCAAAUGGCAUACUAUGUUUCUGAAAUAUUAGACGCUGGGUUGCAGGGACCUUUGUUUAUGGUUACUGUAGAGAACUGCCCAGGUGAAGUUUUCAUCAAUGUGACUCCUACCAAGUGCUGGAACAUGGUCAGAGAGAGGCUGAACAUGGAAAUACGAAGGCAACUCAGUAUGGGAAGGCCCAACCUUCCUACUCUGCAGCCUCCAGGAUCAAUCGAUGGUCUUGAAAUGUUUGGGCUUUUAUCACCAACAGUAGUCCAGGCAAUCGAGGUACAAGAUAGAGAUCGCAUCUGUACAGAGUACUGGAGAUCCAGGCCCCAUGUUGUCAUGGAUAAUCGAGAGUUUCAGCAUACCCUGCCUCAGGGUCCGGCGAAUAUUGCCCUGAGGGGGCUCUUCCAGAGAGCUAGACCUGACGAACUAAGAGCCCUGCGAGGUUUACUGGCAAGCAAUACCAAUCUGGAUGAGCGAUCCAGGCAGCAGGCCACCCAUAUGCUUGAUGAGGAGAUUGCGAAGCAAUGGCGCUGACAAGAGUAAAUAUUAACCGUCUGUUGUAUCGUAGAUGGCGUGAUUUUUUCUAGAAGGCAGAGCGAUUUUCUUCUUUUUCUCGUAUGAGCAUGUUGAUCCUUGUGGACAACUUGGCAUGGAAUGUCUCUCUGCCUUCUCCUUAUGUAUAAGAUCAUUCUGUACCAGACAUCUUCUCAAAGUCGAAAUGACAUGACAAUUCUUUCUA